AUGCCCGACAAGAACAUCACGACCAUCUCCUAUGCCGCCGGCGCAUCCCUGGCCGCCAUCGCCCUCGUCUACGUCUUCGCCCCGACCUUCACCAUCGAUGAGUCCAGCACCUCGUCCUCUAGAAGAAAGGGCGUCGUCGGCCUGCGCAAUGCCGCCAACGAUUGCUUCAUCAACUCUACCCUGCAGGCCCUCGCCGGCCUCGGCGAGCUGCGCGUCUACCUGAUCCGCGAGACGCACCGCCGCAACAUCGACGACGAUGCCGUCUACGCCCAAUUGGUCCAGCCCCCCGGCAAGAACUACCCGGAUUGGAAGAUCGAGGGCAUGCAGCGCGGCCUCGUCACCCAGGGUCUCAAGGACAUGCUCGACUCGCUCAACGAGCGGCCCAUUUACAAAAAGUCCAUCUCCGCCGUCGACUUCGUGCGCGUGCUCGAAACCGCCUUCCGCCAGCGCAUUAGUAGGCAGCAGCAGGACGCCCAAGAGUUUCUCCAGAUCGUCGCCGAGAGGCUCAAGGAGGAGUACCACGCCGGCGAAAGGGCCCGCACCCACGCCCGGUCCGCCGCCUCGCGUGCCUUGUCGAAUGGUGUCGGUACCGGUGCCGCCUCUGCCGUCAACGGCGACGCCGUGCAGCAGAAGCUGGAGGAUCUUGACCGGUCCGACGGUGGGAAUUCGUCCUCGGCGCUACCGACGCCCACGUUGCCGCAGAUCCAGACCAACGGUGUCUACCCGCCCGCCGCGGAGGACGAGGGCUUCCCCAUGGAGGGAAAAUACGAGUCGCAGUCUGAGUGCCAGACGUGCAGCCACAAGACGAAGCCGAGAGAGGAGUCUUUCUACAUGCUGACGCUGAACGUGCCUCAGGUCAGCUCGACGACGCUGAGCUCGUGCUUCGAUGAGAUCUUUAAGACGGAGAUGAUUGAUGACUUCAAGUGCGAGAGGUGCCGCCUGAUCCACGCCGAAGAGUCCCUCAAGAAGAGCCUGGCCAGCGCCCGCAACGAGGGCGAGAAGACGACGCUCGAGGACGCCCUGCGCAGGUUGCGCCACGCAAUUGACUUUGACCCGGAACACAUUCCCGACGAUGUACCCCUCCCGGACAUCAGCGACGCGCCCAAGCGCCGCAUCGCACGGUCGACGCGCCUCACGUCCUUCCCGCGUAUCCUCGCCGUUCACCUCUCGCGCUCCAUCUACGACCAGACGACUUCUACCAAGAACUCGGCAAAGGUUGCCUUCCCCGAACGUCUGCCGCUCGGCGGCCUUCGUGACCGCCGCAACUACAAGCUCCUCGGUCUCGUCACCCACAAAGGCAGCCACCACAGCGGCCACUACGAGUCCUUCAGGCGCCAGAACACGUACGCCCCUUACCCGAAUCAGAACACCUUUCAGCCUUCGGGCAUCUACAGCAAGACGGCCAGCCCGGCCGCGACACCCCAGCCCUCGACGCCCCAACUCGACGCCAUCGCCCGCGGCGUCAGCCCUGCUGUCUCGACCCCGGACCUCCUGACUCCGACCUCCGAGACAAACUCGUCCGUCGCCCCGUCCGUCUCCUCUUCCGACGCGUCGCCGAGAGACCGCGCGAGAAAGCUUAUUAGCCCGACAUCGGCUCCACGCGAAAAGCAGCAGCAGCAGCAUCGUGGAGACGCCGACUCGUCCAGUGUGCGUUCAGUCCGCUCCUUCACGGCCUCGGCGCGGAGCACCGUCUCCAAGAUCUCGCAGCGUGUCAACGGUAACAGCAACGGCAACAGCACGCCCGGCGGCAGUCCCCCUCGCUCGACGCCCAUGGCCGUCGUGCCCCGGCCCCCCGCGCACCGGUCGUCGCGAAAGAAGCAGCCCGCCGACCGCUGGUGGCGCAUCAGUGACGAGAAGGUUCGCGAAGCCAAGACGAGCGAGGUUCUCGACCUGCGCCGCGAGGUGUACCUGCUCUUCUACGAGCUCGAGAGAGACGGCGGCGGCGGCGGCGGCGGCGGCGGUCCGUAG